AUGUCACUUCCUGUGUUGCAGAGUCUGGAGUGUGACCUGCAGGAGGCGGAGCUUCAGUCGGCUCAGGUGCGGCGUGUUCACCUGCAGCUGGUGGAGCGUCUGGUGGCUCAUCAGGACAAACAGCUGCAGUUUGUGCAGCGGCAGUGGGAGGACGCCCUGCGGCACCUGAGCUCCUCGCUAACCUCCACCAGGGAGCGGGAAUCUCGUCUGUCUCAGCAGCAGCGAGAGAAACUGGAGCACGUGACGACGACCGUGCAGCAGCAGCACCAAACGGAGCUGGAGGAAAUCCCCAAACUGUUCGGAGGAAACGUCGCAGAGCGCGACAAAGAGACACACGCCGUGCCGCAGGACAACAAGGACACAUCGGAGCAGGAGACGUCCGCGCGGCUCUGCGGCGCAGAGACGGAGGAGCUCGGACCAACUGGACAGCUCGCCGCCGGGACGGACGCAGUGAAGAAGAAGCUGCAGAAGGAAGUUGUCCAUCUGAAGGCGAAGCUGGACUCCAGCGGGACAGAAAACGAGUCUGCGGUUCGAGACCUGACUGCCGCCAUCCUGCAGGUGACCCGGAGGACUCGUGAGCUCCGGGACCAGCUGACUCGGACUCGAGCGGCAGCCAGGGACCAGCUGACUGAGCUCGCCGCCCAGUGCGACGCCACCGCCAACAAACUGCAGGCGGUCUUCGCCAAGGGUCAGAAGGUCUCCCGAGUCCACGACACGUGUCAGAAGAUGGAGAAGCUCGUCGGAGCGAGGCGGGACAGAGAGGGACCUGAGACAGACGAGUCCGCGCAGGAGACGUCGGCGCUGCAGCAGCUGAUGAGGAGCGUCAACGCGGCGGCACUGUGGCGGGACGCGCUGAGGACGCAGAGAGACGCUCUGAGCCGAGAGAACCGCCAGCUGAGGCUCCUGCUGCGUCACCGCCUGGACGCCCUGACGGUCAGCGACCACGACCUCCAGUCGCCCGACGCUCUGCUCAGAGUGCACGGGGCCCCGACCACCACGGGCCCCCCGCUCACCGACAGGCGCCACACCGUGAUCGAGGCCGUCUACGCCGUGCAGCACUCUCUGUGACAGGGAGGGCGGGGCCAGAACAAACCGAGCGUCUGCAAACACGCCUUCACAAAGUUCAAAGGUCACCAAAAACAUGUUGCCGUUUUGUUCUGAUUAUUGUUUAUAACGAUUAUUGUCGUUACAAUCUUAAAAGUUUAAAGUUUACUCACUCAGCUUUCGACCACAUCUGAAGGUCCCCGCCCCCAAAUGACCAGCUGAUGUUUCGAACGCCGGCCUCACGUCUCUGCUCUCUGAUGUCACUUCCUGUCACUGAGCCGCCACCAAGUACAGCUGUAACAACCUUUAUUAUUGUUUUUACCGUUUCAUUCACUGAUAUUCAACCUACGGCCCGGGGGCCACAUCUGGCCCCUGAUAGGGCCCCUGGUGGCCCCAAACACUUUCUAA